GCUGCGCGCCAAGGCCAGAAGCGCCUGGGCUGAGACGGACACUAGCGGCUGUCGCCGGCGGCGCCCUGCCUCUCUCAGCCCCGGCCGCUGCCCAGUCGUGCCCGCCCGUGCAGCAUGCUCAGGGUCCUGCUCCUUGGCGUGCUGGCCCGGGCCGGCCUCGGGCUUCCGGCAACCCCGGAGCCGCAACCCAGUGGUAGCCAGUGUGUCGAGCACGACUGCUUCGCGCUUUUCCGGGGCCGCGCGACCUUCCUCGCUGCCAGCCAGGCCUGCGAGCGCCUGCGGGGCCACCUGAUGACCGUGCGGUCCUCAGUCGCUGCGGAUGUCAUAUCCUUGCUGCUGAGCGACGAUGGCGGUGACGGCCUGCGCCUCUGGAUCGGCCUGCAUCUCGCGCAGGGCUGCGGCGACCCCGGGCACCUUGGGCCCCUGCGCGGCUUCCAGUGGGUUACGGGAGACAACAGCACCAGCUACAGCAGGUGGGCUCGGCUCGACCGCGAUGGGGCUCCCCUUUGCGGUCCGCUGUGCGUCACCGUCUCGGCUGCCGGGACCCCUGCGCCCGGCGAGCCGGCCUGGGAGGAGCAGCAGUGCGACGCGGAGGCCGACGGCUUCCUCUGCGAGUUCCAGUUCGAAGCCUCCUGCAAGCCCCUGGCGGUGGAGCCCGGCGCCGCGGUGGCCGCCAGUAUCUCCAGCACCUACAGCACCCCGUUCGGGGUCCGCGGCGCGGACUUCCAGGCGCUGCCGGUCGGCAGCUCCGCCGCAGUGGCGCCCCUCGGCUUAGAGCUGGUGUGCGUGGCGCAGCCCGGAGUGGCCGAGGCGCGCUGGGGUCGGGUGGCGCCGGGCGCCUGGGACUGCAGCGUGGAGCGCGGCGGCUGCGAGCACGCAUGCAACCAGAGCGCCGGCGCGCCCCGCUGCCUCUGCCCGGCCGACGCCGCCCUGCAGGACGAUGGGCGCUCCUGCGCCACGCCCGCCGUGCACUUGUGCGACAGCCUCUGCGAGCACCUGUGCUUCCCCGACCCAGACGUGCCGGGCUCCUACUCGUGCAUGUGCGAAGCCGGCUAUCAGCUGGCGGCCGACCGGCACCGGUGCGAGGACGUGGACGACUGUACGCUAGUUCCCAGUCCGUGCCCGCAGCUCUGUGUCAAUAUGGAGGGCGGUUUCAAGUGCCACUGCCGCUCCGGCUUCGAGCUGGUGGACGGCGAGUGUGUGGAGCCCGUGGACCCAUGCUUAGGGGCUGACUGCGAGUACCAGUGCCAGCCCAUGGGCCAAACCCACUACCAAUGCGUCUGUGCCGAGGGCUUUGCUCCUAUCCCCAAUGAGCCGCACAGGUGCCAGAUGUUCUGCAACCAGACUGCAUGUCCGGCCGACUGCGACCCCAACACCCCGGGUAGAUGCCAGUGUCCCGACGGCUACAUCCUGGACGAAGGUUUCAUGUGCACAGACAUUGACGAGUGCAACCAUGGCGGCUACUGCUCCCACGAGUGUCGCAACCUACCGGGGACCUACGAGUGCAUCUGCAGGCCCGACUCGGCCCUCGCCGUCCAGGUUGGCAAGGACUGUGACUCCACCGAGGUGAGCACUGAAGACGACGGCGGCUCUGGGGAGCCCCCGGCCAGCCCAACGCCCCGCUCCACCGCGAGUCCCCCGUCCUCGGAGCCUGUGCAUUCAGGCGUGCUCAUAGGCACCUCCAUCGCGUGCCUGUCCCUGGUCGUGGCGCUUUUGGCGCUUCUCUGCCACCUGCGCAAGAAGCAGGGCUCUGCGCGGGCGGAGCUGGAGUACAAGAGCGCGGCCCCUGCCGUGGAGGAGGUGCUGCAGCACGUGCGAACUGAGCGGACGCUGCAGAAACUCUGAGGGGCCUCCCUGCCCAGCCUGGGUGUUGCGUGGCCUUUGCCUUCCUGCUGUGCCCCCACGCCCCCGCGCCCAGCUUUACUCCCUGGAUACCCGAAAGCACUGUAGCUGGCAUUGCACCUGGGGAAGACCUUCUCUCAAUCUCCCCAAGCUGUUUUCUCUGAUUCCAUGCGUAGGUGGGGAGGUGGAGGGGAGUGCAAGCAGGGCUACCCCCAGCCUCUUCCACGGCGUCGACGGACAACACAGAGAUGGCAAUUUUACAAUGAAGGCACAGACUUCAGAGUGUCCCAGGCCCUCACCACGGGACGCGGGAGGGAUGAGCAUUGCUGUUCGGCGGCUUUUUGGACAGACCUUGAGCCGGCGGGCUAGUGAUGACCAAGAUAUUUAUUUUUUUAAGUACUUAGAAUUUUAUUUUUGUCUCUUUUUUUUUUUUUUGUCCCUUUUUCUCUACCUGUAUGUCUUCAAUACACACUUUACACAUACCUCCCUUCCCCUCUCUCUCCCCCUCUCUGUCUGUCACUGCCUAUAUAUACUCACCUGACAUGUGGCAGUUAAUCCAUCCGGGUGAGUUUUUCCCCAGCCCUCUUGGAUUUAUGGACCCAGGCCGCAUCUCUCCCCGCUCAUUCAAGCCUGGUUUUUCCUCCCAGGAACUGAGCCUACUCACCUGACGUCGCUGUACCUGUGCCUGACCCUACUUCUUUUUCUCUUAGCUCUCUGCCCAAGCAGAACUCAUAUGUGAAACAGAAACAAAAACACUAAAACCAGAAAUGGUUGGGCAUUUGCUUUUUCACCAGAUCUACUAAUUUUUCCUGAAAUGUCAGGCUCCCAGAGUGAAAUAAUUUGAACAAAGGUUAAGAUUUGAGAGUAAUUACUCAAAUUAAUGUUGAUGGACUGUUAUAGAAAUUAAACCCCAGGAGUUUUUUAUCUUUAUUUUUUAAAUAGUGAGCUUGGGUUUUAUUAUUGUUGUUGUUUUGAUUUGUACUGAAAAACAGUAAUUGUUGUUGAACUUCUUACGCAGUUUCCUUUUUAUUAUCAAUAUUACUUUUUUUUUGACAGUGUUGAAAAUGCUCUAGUUGGACAGAAGAGAGAAGCACCUCCCAGGAGACAACUUAAGAAAGUUUUGAGCAGCAUGAUUCAUGUGAACUAUCAGCUUAAGUCUCAUGGGUUUUGUCACUGUAGGCCAAAAUAAAACCAGCUCUACCAGUUUUAUGGAAUUGGGGAGUUUGGGAAUGGAGCCUGGAGAAUGCCUAGUGAGGAUUUUGCCUUAAUCAGGCCCUUGGAGAAUUUCUCCCAUUUCAGAGUCACCUUCUAGGCUCGGCCAUUGGAAUAUGCUGGUUAGAAAUGCAGAAUCCUAGGUGCCACCCCACCUAGUUCAUGAGAAUCUGUGUUUUAACAAGUUCUUCAGGGGGUUUGAGGACAACUGUUUCAGACAGCUUCCAAUUUGCUGGAAUACAUGAAAUAUGGAUCAGUAAUAAGUAGCUGGCCAAGUCAGGCCCUUUAUCUUCAAGAAACUGAGGAAUCAUCACUGUAUAGCUUUACUUUCUGGUAGAAAAGACGAGGUACACUGCUCUAGACAUUGUUACACAGGGUCAAGAAGGUCUUUGGAUCAACUAAGCUAGGAAUGAAAUCAUGCUUUAGUGUGUGGGGAAAAAAUGUAUCAUAUAAGUGUAUCUUUUGUAAGACAAAUGUUUUCCUCCACUAUUUUGUAAACUCAGCACAUUUGUACAUAGUUAUUUAUUUACUGGAAAUAAACUAGAACACAAGCAAACCCAUGCUUAUGAUGUCAAUUGUACAAAAUAAACAGAUUACAGUGUGCUCUU